AAGAUGGCCCAAGUCCUUGGGCCCCUGUACCCACAUGGGAGACCUGGAAGAAGCUCCUGAUUCCUGGCUUUGGAUUGGCAUAGCUCCGGCCAUUGCAGCCAAUUGGGAAGUGAACCAGUGGCUGGAAGACCACUCUCUCUCUCUGCCUCCCCUUCUCUCUCUCUCUCUGUAACUCUUUCAGAUAAAAUAAAAUAUUUUAAAAAAAUAAAUUUAUAUAUUUAUCUUAAUGAUAACUUGGAUCAAUUUAAUUCAAAACCACAACUGUAGUAUAAUGAUAGCAUUAUAUGAUAAAAUAAAAAUUUAAAAACGAUGAUAACAAAAUCAUUUUUCUGGGAUAUGUAGUUUGGCUAAACGGAAAAGUCACUGCCUUAGGCAAUUAUUAGGCAUUUAGAAAUGAAAAUCAAUCAGUUAGGCACUCAAUUAAAAUAUGAAAACUAUAAAAUAGUUAAAUGAUGAAAUUAGUAAGGAUCACACAGAAAAUAAUAUUUUAGAGAAAAGCUACAUUGAACUGUUAAAUCUGAAAGUUCUGGGGCUGGUUUUGUGACACAGCAGAUUCAGCUGCCACUCACGACACCAGCAUCCCAUGUGAGCAACCGUUGAAGUCCCAGCUGCUCCACUUCUGAUCCGGUUCCCUGCUAAUGCAUCUGGGAAAGCAUUAGAAGAUGGCCCAAGUACUUGGCCCCUGCCACCCAUACAGCAGACCAGGAUAAAAUGCUGGGCUCCUGGCUUCGAUCUAGCCUAGCCCCUGCCACUGUGGACAUUUGGGGAAUGAACCGGUGGAUGAAAGACCUCUCUGUCUCAUUCUGUAAUGCUGCCUUUCAAAUAAAUAAAAUAAAUCUUAAAGAAAAUCUAAGAGUUCUUUGAUUAAUAAAAAGGUGAAACUGGGAAAAAGCAUGUAUAGACAGAAGCAACAGUUAGAUUGAGGAAUGACAACUGAUACAGAAAAAAUUAAAUAAUUAUAAGUGUUCUUUGUUCAUCUCUGUAAGAAAAUUUUCAAAAAGCUGGAUAAAUGUAGGAAAAUAAAAAUAGCUGAAAUUAACUCCACAGGAGAUGAGGGGGAAAAAAAUCUAAAUAGGGCAAAUAAUUGCAAUAGGAGAAAUUAAUCAAUUAAAAUAUUUUUAUUUUUAGUUCCAGUGUAGCAUAAACUUUCCAGAUCACAUGGAAAAGAAAGUCAGGUUGUCUUUUUUUUUUUUUUAUUUUGAGGAUGGCAUGUUCUUUUAUUUAUUUUUUUUAAGAUUUAUUUAUUUGAAAGUCGAAGUUAACAGAGAGGAGACGCAGAGGCAGAUAUAUAUAUAGAGAGAGGUCUUCCAUCUGCUGGUUCACUCCCCAACUAGCCACAACGGCCGGAGCUGUGCUGAUCCAAAGCCAGGAGCCAGGAGCUUCUUCCCGGUCUCCCACACGGGUGCAGGAGCCCAAGCACCUGGGCCAUCUUCUACUGCUUUCCCAGCCCAUAGCAGAGAGCUGGAUAGGAAGAGGAGCAGCUGGGACCGGCACUGCAGGCGGCGGCUUUACCAGCUAUGCCACAGCGCUGGCCCCACGUUGUCUUUUUUAAUCUAUUAUGUCACUGAUAUAUCUGAUACUACCCGUAAAAAACAUCCUACAGACACAUGAUAUGCCAAAAAAAUCCUCAUCUCAGAAGUUGAGACAGUAUUUAACAAAACUCAAUAUCCAAUAAUGGUUAAAAAAAUCCUUAGUAAAAGUAGAAACCUUUGGAUACUUAGGACAAAUGGAGAUUUCUUGCUAUCAACUAUUAUUGGUAUUAUUAAAUGUUGGUCUGUAAAUGUGGGUCAGCGGGAUUAAAUACAAGGAAAAAAAAAACGCUGUAUAAAUAUUAGGAGUAGGGCCCCCCUUAUCCAUACAUACUGUUAUAUCCGUGGUCCCAGUGAGACAAGAAAAUCGACUGAAAUUAAUUAUAGAGAAAUUCAGUAAGGAGCUUGUUUACUGCCUGGAGACUCGGCAACCAAUAGGUGAGCGAGGCCGCUCGGGGCUGGCGCGAGCCUGAGCGUGUGCACUGAGUACCAAAAGGAGGGGCCGUGGCACGCGCGCGUUCGCUAACGGAAUGGCCACAAGCGCAUGCGUGGAUUGCCCACGCACACGCGCUGGACACUCCCAGAAGCACCCGCUUCUUCCUCUUCAACCGUCAGCGGCGUUCUGGAGCUCCCGCUUCUCUCCAGAGUUCGCUCUCUCCGCUCAGCCUGUUUUAACUGCUUUUCAGCCGCUCACGAGCUGCCGAGGGCCAAAACUGCUUGGCUGAGCCAUGGCCUCGUACAACGCUUUGUACAACCCUACGGAAAACUCGGGCGUUGCUACAGAGAUGGUGGAAUUACACCAGGCCGGGUCAGAGACUGUGCCGAUGGCUACUAUGCCAGUGCAGGCGGUCGAUGUGUACGAAGAUGUCAGCGGCAGCUGGGUUCACGGUGGCCACUACCACCCACCCCUGAUCGCUCUGCAGCCGCUUGUCACCAACAGCUUCUUCCAUGGGGACCAUGACCAGGAGUUGAUCAUGGUGCAGACCCGAGAGGAAGUGGUGGGCUGUUACGACUCAGACAACCUGCAGGGUACCAGUGACUACGGAGACGAGAGGGUCAUCCCGGUGCAGGGGAGCGCCGAGGACGUUCAGCAGAGCCUGACCUGUGAGCCAUCGUUGGCCCGCAACUACGGCAGGAAGGCAAGCAGAAAGCAGGGCAGCUUCCGAGCUCGCAGUAGCAGUGAGGCCGCGGCAGGGAGCAGCAAGAAGUGGGAGCAGAAGCAGGUGCCGAUCAAAACGCUGGAGGGGAAGAAACUUCCUCCUGGAGGAAUACCUGUUGUUGACCUCUCAGACCCCAAACAGCUUGCCGAAUUUGCCAAAAUGAAGCCGAGAAAACCCCAGGACAGUAGUUCGAGGACGGUAGCUUGCCCUCAUAAAGACUGUGAAAAGAUGUUCAGGGAUAACUGUGCCAUGAGAAAACAUCUGCACACCCACGGUCCCAGGGUCCACGUGUGCACAGAGUGCGGCAAAGCUUUUAUUGAGAACUCGAAGCUAAAACGACAUCAACUGGUUCACACUGGAGAGAAGCCCUUUCAGUGCACGUUCGAAGGCUGCGGAAAACGCUUUUCCCUGGAUUUCAAUUUGCGCACCCAUGUGCGAAUCCACACCGGAGAUAAGCCGUUUGUUUGCCCUUAUGAUGCCUGUAAUAAGAAGUUCGCUCAGUCAACUAACCUGAAGUCACACAUCUUAACGCAUGCUAAGAACAAAGCCAGCCAGUGAAAAGAAGCAAGAUCAUUCUCAAACUUGGGAAGUGUUUCCAGUAGUUGUGGUUAGGAACUAAUAGUGUUGUUGUAUUGUUUGUAACAAAGAGUUUAAAAAAUUAAUUCUUUUUAUCUAAAGGUUGUGUUUUGAUAUAGUAAGAAUAAAACAUAAGCUUUUUUUUUUCUUAAAGUAAACCUUUACAUAAGAUAAUAUUGCUAAGAUGUUUUAUCUCAUUCUGUAAUGGUGUUUUUGAUGAAGUUUAGUCCCAAUAAGAGAAGAUUUCAUGAACCUUGCAUCAAAAGACAAUUCUUUAUACAUCUGUAUUAAAAAUGGGACUUUUCUUAUAAAUGUGAGAUUAACUUAAAUUUUUCAUAUGUUCAUGUUUCUUAUAGAUGUGAAGUUGACUUAUUGGUUAUUAUCUUUUUCAGGUGUUCAUGUUUAUACUUUUAGGAAUACACUUAAUAAUUCUUUAUAUUUUUUCUGGAGGUUGAUAACUUUAUCUGCAAUAUAUUUUCUUUAAAAAAAUGAACAAUAUGUACAUAUGUAUUUUCCUUCUUAAAAAUGACAUAUAAUUGAUAAUCUCAGAGAGGGAAGAAAGCCAUGAAAGUUUUGUUUUCUAUUUUAGUUUUGGUUAUAUUCUGUGAUGUUAACACAUUUUUUCAUAACUAUCCUUUAGCUGCUUUGAAUUUUGGAGUUUUGAAUAUUAGAUAAUUUAAUAGUAUUUGCCAAUUUAAACAUUUUAGUCAUUUUAUUUUCCCAUAAAUACUACCAGAUGCUGUUGCUUAGAAUAAUGUCUUUGUUACAUCAGAGUAAUGCUCAGUAGAUGAUAUUGUACAUAUAUGGAGUUUUAACAUCUGACAUGUACAUCCUUUGUAAUCAAAAAAGGCAAAAAUAAAAUACUUGUUAUAAAGAAGAAAACAACAGUAGUUUGCCUGUGUAAAAUAUAGCUGUUACAAAAUAAAGAAAAGGAGGGUACUAUUGGCAGUAGUGCCACUGUUAAGAAACCUUGCUCUAGAGAAAGUAAAAGCUGUAGCAGAGAUUCCAGAGGUGUACUUAGAAACAAAUCACUAAUGGAAAAGAGGUUGUUUAGAUGCAGGAAAUAUGUGUGCUGCACCACCCUCAUUGCCACUUGGCCAUUGUGGGCAGAUCCAGAAUCUGGACGGGGUGAUCUGUUAGCAGCUGCAUGCCUGAAUGGCAAUAGGAGAGCACUCCGGGAGUGCAGGAAUCAGUGACACCACCUCUGCUCAACCGUUCAUGCCUUGUUUUUGUGACGAGCAACUAGUAGUGGGUAGGGGUGUGGCAAGUGGACACAGUAUUCUAAAUUAGUUUCUCCAGAAUAAAUUCUAGUGCCUCAAAGAAUUAUAGGGGUUUUAAUUGUGUUAAUGAAGCUAUGAAAGCAGUUUAAGAAAAUAUAGAUAUCUUCUAUCUGAAACACUUAACACAAAGGAGCCAUUUAACCACCGCAAAAUUUUAAAUGUCUAUAUAGAUGAAACUACAAACCUAGCAAAAUAAACUGGGAAUAGAAAAUUAUAAUACCUGUUACAGAGGACCCAAUUCCCCAAAUAUAUAUAUUAUAAGUAAUAAUAUAAACAAACAAGUUUUUUUAAAUAAUAAAAAGCAACCCAGUCAAAAAAUGAGCCAAGAUGUCAAUAGGCGAUGUCUAGAAAUACACAGCUGGCAGACAAAAGAAAUACACAUAGGGGCUGCUGCUGAGGCUCAGCAGUUUAAGCUGCUGCCUAUGCUGCCGACAUCCCAUUUGGGCACCUGUUUGUGUCCUGGCUGCUCCACUUCUGAUGCAGCUCCCUGCUAAUGUUCCUGGGAAAGCAGUGGAAGAUGUCUCAAGUACUUGGGCCCUUGCACCCAUCUGGGAGACCCAAAUGAAACUCCUGCCUCCUGGCUUUGGCCUGGCCCAACACUGACUGUUUCGGCCAUCUAAGGAGUAAAUCAGGAGAUGGAAGAUUUCAUUGGAGGUUAAUUUCAGUGCCCAAGUCUUGACCCAACGAUUCCAUUUUUAGGUAAUUUUCCAUACCCUCCCAGAAGCAGACUUAAUUAGGUACAUAACCAUAUUAGCAAAGCUGUUUAUUGCAGCAUUGUAAGAAAAUAUUAAAAUGACCUACAUGAUCAAUGGUAGAGAACUUUAUAAAUAAAUUUAUGUUAAUUAAAAUGAAUUUGUGACAUAUAAGAAAUGGGAUAGAUAUGUAUAAAUAUGGGAAAAUUCCAAAAUAAAUAAAAAGCAAAAUCAUAUUAUUGGUGAUUUUGAAAAUUUUUAUUUGUUUGAGAGAGAGCUCCUGUCUGCUGAUUGAGUCCCCUCAUUCUCCCAGUGGCAGGGCUGGGCCAGGCACUAGGAAGUUGAUCCAGGGCUCCCACAUGGGGAGCCAUCACCUGCUGCCUUUCAGUGCAUUAGGAAGAAUCUGGAAUCAGAAGCAGAGCCUGGACUCAAACCCAGGCUUUCUGAUAGGGGGUGCUGCUGUCCCAGCUGGCGGCUUAACAGCUGGGCCAAACACCCAGCUCCCCUGGGGUUUUUAAAAGAUAUAUCUGUAUGUGAUAGACUGUUUACCCAACAAGUCCUGGACCAGAACUGCUUUAGUUAUGUCUGGAAUUUAGUGACUUUAAAAAGAAGGAACCUUUACAUUGUAAAUAUGGUGCAUGGAACAUGUGUUAGCUAGGUAUCUGACUGCUCUGACAGCUAAACUGUCAUAAAGCAUCCCAAAUGCAAAUAGUUCGGUGUGGAUUAUAAUAUCCUGUGAUUUGGGGAAAACUCAGGCUGUGUCUUGUGAGCUUUGCUUGUUAGCUGUUCUCAACAUGCAGCUUCUGUGUCCAACUGCAUCAUAGCUACAUUCCAGCCAGUAAGACAGGGUUAUCUCCAUUACUUCCAUUCCCUGAGAAAAACUGAAAUAGAAAAAGGGAAGACUAGGUGUGCAAGGAGUGGUUAUCUAAUGGUGUGCUAGUGAAGCUUUAACACUGGGUCUAGAGGGUAGGGAUGCUAGCAAUUGGCUAGUUUCUGUGGUGUAAACACUCCCACCAUGGCCAAUUUCAAGCUGCCAACCUACAGUUCUUAAAGUGAACCCCUGGGUUCAUGUAACUAUCUUUACCAUAGGACAGGACGUAAGACAUUAAGGGGAGAAUGAGUUUUAAAACGAUAUCUUGAAAAGCCUUUUAUUGUGUUUGUGUGUACAUGUUUCAAGACAUGCAUGAAACAUAACCUGUAACUACACACCACACUCAUUUUUCAGUUAUUGAGAUGAUUUGUUUAAUGGAUGAUCAUUUUUAAAAUCCUUUAAAGCUACUCUUAAGUAUUACUAUUAAGUUUUAUUUAAAAGUUAUUAAAAAAAACUUGUUGUUUUCAUACCUUGCAUAAAUUAUCACUUACAUAUAUAUCAUCCUAUAUAUGUUGGUGUGGGCAGAGAAAAUAUCUGGUGGGAUAAAAUAGAAAAUAAUAGUAGGUUGACUGUGAUUCAUGGGACCAGUGGUCAAGAAAUGACACUUAGGAAAGUGACUUUUUAUUAGUUCCUCCAAUACUGUUUGGAUUUUUAAAUUCAAAAUGUAUUUUUCAGUAAUUUUUAAAGCCAAUUAAACAUUUUAAUUCAUUUAAUGUUAGGGUGAAAGCAAGAUUUUUUUUGUUUUACCUUUAUAAUUGCUAAAUAAUGUCCAAAUGGAAGACCAAGGAAGUAUAUCACCACCAAUAAUUGUGCCCACACAUCUCCUUAAUAAUUGGCAUAGAAUUAUCUAGUUGUGCUGUCCGAACAUCACCCAGCCCAUCACCUUCUCUUUCACGGCUGUGAAUGGCCAGCCAUGUAGAGAAUUGAGCGGUUUUGCCCUGCCCUGUUUCCUAGGCAAGGGGUUCAAGGGAAGGAGAUGCUUGUCUUGCCCUGAAAGAGAGAGGGCAAAUGCGAAGAUUUGGAAUUGUCUAAGAAGAGAGUAGUGUCUGGUGUCUCAUUUCUUGCUAAAUAUUUGCUGAGCUGUGAGCUCACUCUGGUGCUGCCACCAAAUUGGAAAAGAGCAUGGGAAAUUUUUUUGUGUUCCCCACGAAUUUGGGGAUAUACAUAAAUUAUGUAUUUAUAGAGCCACAUUUCCAAAUAUAUCCACUGCCUAAUUUACUGGUUUUAAACUUACGAAGAUAUCAUUUCAUUUCUUCUAAAAUGUCGUCUCACUUCCAGGGUGUCAUUUAUAUUAGUCUCAUGAAGAAUACUUAAAUCUAGUUGUAUAAUGCAACUUUAAAGUGUUGUAUAUGUAAUAGCUAGUUAUUCAAACAAUGAACUAUAUGCUGAUUUUGAAAAGAAAAAGUUGGUAGUGAUUUGUCUGAAAUUCGAUAGGGAAGGAAGAGAGAAAAUGACAUGGGAUAUUUCCUUGAGUACAUUGUAAGUGAAGGUCUUUAAAUUUUUAAUUAAUGUAUGAAGAAUUUUUGGGAGGAAGAUUAAACAAUAUCUGUUAUCCAAUCCUAAGUGAAGAGUAAAUUGCCUUAAGAAAUUCUUUAGAUUUUCUUGAUAAAUUAACCUUUAACUCAUGAAGAUAAAAUUUGUCCUUUCUGGCUCCGUAUUAAAUUUAAAAAAAAACUUUCUUAAAUAUUGAGAACCAUGUUGUUAUUAUCAGUUUUGAAUUUAUUGGGGGUAAAGUAAAAACAUUUAGUAACCAUAGAAAUGAUGCUUUGAUUAGUUAGCUGUAGCUUUGCCUAGGUGAUGAUUUUUAGUUUUUCAGAUAUAACUACUAUAAAUGAUCAGUCAUCUAGUAACCUGAAAAUCACUCUUGUGUCUUUAUAGGAUUAAGGUGGUCGUGUUUUCUUUUUUUGUUUCCAAGCUAUGCUAAGCACAAGUCAGUCUUCUUGUUGUAAACCAUAGCCCUUCUAAUAAUAAUUACUAGAAAUAGCUUCAAGCCUAUUAGUACUUACUGCCUCAAUCGUAGCCAUAGAUUUUCUUCUUGGUUGACCCGUGAUAUCAUUCUUAAACCCUUGAUCACCUGUGGUCAUAUUUUUGUACUCUUGUACCAGUCUCACUAGUUAGUAUAUAGACCACAAUAAAAUUGACCCUCAAUUCCAUCCAUGCCCUGCUGUUACUUAACUACUCUCAUAUUAAAAUCAUGAAGAAAGCAAGACAAGACAUGCCAUCACAACUACUUAACAUUGUUUUAGAAAUUCUAGCCACUGCUGAAAGACCAAAAGAGGGGAGAAACUGAGGUAUGAAUGUUAGAAGAAAUAAAUGAUCAUAAUUAAAAAUCCAAGAGGUGAGGUUAAAAACUAAGCAAUCCUAAAUGGAAAGUUCAAUUUGGCGGUUGAUUACAAAAUAAAUAUUCAAAAAUUAGUGUAUUGUCCCCGUGUGUUUGAAACAGCCAGAUAAUGUAAGGAGAAGAAAUGAUUACUUUCCGCAAGUAAUGUGACAUGGUAAAAAAAAAUCAAAAAUUAACAUUUUGUAAGCAAUAUAUAGGACCUCAAUAGAGAAGGCUAACAAAUCUUUAGUGAGAAAUGUAAAAGAAUGGUAAAAUGGAAAGAUGCCAUGUCCCCGUGUCAGAAAUGUGAAAUUGUGUAGAAAUCCUAACUUGAAUAUUUAGUGGUUGUAAAAAUGAUUGUCUGGAGCUGGCGCUGUGGCAUAGUGGACUAAGCUGCCGCCUGUGGUGCUGGCAUUCCAUAUGGACACUGGUUCGAGUCCCAGCUGCUCCACUUUCUAUCUAGCUCUCUGCUAUGGCCUGGGAAAGCAAUAGAAGAUGGCCCAUAUGCUUGGGCCCCUGCACCCGUGUGGGAGACCCAGAAGAAGCUCCUGGUUCCAGGCUUCAGAUCAGCACAGCUCCAGCCAUCUGGCUAGUGAACCAGCGAUGGAAGACCUCUCUCUCUGGCUCUACCUCUCUGUAACUCUGACUUUCAAAUAAAUACAUUUUUUUAAAAAAUGAUUCUCAA